UAGUAAUCUCAAUUGUGCUUUGCUGAUUCUUUUCACCGUUUUAUCUGUUCUUUUGAACGGAAGAGAUUCCAGCUUUUUGAGUUGGACAGUUUGCUUGCAGCAAUGUCCUCAACUAUAAAAUUCUUUGCUUCUUCUAUUUCCAACUCACCUUUACAUGGAACUUUGGACACCGAAUGUCGGGUUAGUGGUCGAUUUCGUGCAUUUGGAACUCAUAAUUCAAUGCACGAAAUUAGUUGUAUAGCUGAUGAAAAAAAGUCAAAAAUUGCUAAAAGUUGUCAGAAGUUGGAAGUUUUGUGGGAUGAUGGAUAUGGAACUAGUAGUGUAAAAGAUUAUCUCGAUAUAUCAAGAGAAAUGGUUAAGAAGACUGAUGAUGGUGGGCCGCCUCGAUGGUUUUGCCCGGUUGAAUGUGGAAAACCAAUCAAAGGCUCUCCUGUUCUUCUUUUCUUGGCUGGAAUGGAUGGUACUGGUUGGGGACUCGUUUUGCACCACAAAUCUCUCGGGAAGGUUUUUGAAGUUAGAUGUUUGCAUAUUCCUGUUAAUGAUCGCACACCCCUUGAAGGUCUGUUGGAAAUGAUCGAGGAUACUGUAAGGGCUGAACAUUCUGCAUUUCCCAAGAAACCAAUUUAUUUAGUUGGGGAUUCCAUGGGAGGAUGCUUAGCACUUGCAGUUGCUGCCGGUAACCCUACUACUGAUCUAGUACUUGUAGUAUCCAAUCCAGCAACAUCAUUUGGCAAGUCAACCUUGCAGCAUUUGCUCCCUACCUUGGAAGCUUUGCCUGAUAGCUUCCAUAUUAACCUUAUUUACCUUCUUAGCAUUAUUGCAGGGAACCCUAUGAAGAUGGCGGCAGUCAAUGCUGAAAAAGGCCUCCCUCCUGCACAAACACUUAAGCAAAUGCUGAGAAACCUCAUUACUUUGUUACCACGUAUUUCUGGUUUGGGGGAUAUUAUACCAAAAGAGACUCUUCUGUGGAAACUAAAGCUUUGUAAAGCUGCAGCAGAAUAUGCUAAUUCUCAUCUUCAUGCCAUCAGAGCUGAAGUGCUAGUGCUUGCAAGUGGAAAGGACAAUAUGUUCCCAAGUAGAGAUGAAGCUCGGCGGCUUUGGACCUCGUUACUAAACUGCAAAGUUCGACAUUUUAAGAAAAACAGUCACACCCUUUUAUUGGAGGAUGGUCUAAAUUUUUUGUCUUUCAUUAAAGCUACACACAUGUAUCGUCGUUCUACAAGGCACGAUUACAUCUCAGAUUUCAUUCCAACUAGUUUAUCAGAGUUCAAAGACAUAUAUCUGCAAGGUUUCUCAGCACUAACAACAGUUACAAGUCCGGUGAUGCUGUCCACUCUCGAAGAUGGUCAGAUUGUGAGGGGUCUUGAAGGGAUUCCUAGUACAGGUCCUGUCAUCUUAGUGGGUUAUCACAUGUUGAUGGGACUUGAACUUCCUUCAAUCGUUGGAGAAAUCUUGAAGGAGAAAAAAGUUAUGGUUCGAAGUAUUGGACACCCAAUGCUGUUUUCUCCAAACAACGAAACUUCGUCAAAUGAGUUAUCAAGGUUUGACGUAAUGACCAUUUUCGGCACACUACCUGUCUCACCAAGCCACUUGCAUAAGUUACUGUCGAAUAACGAAACCAUUCUUCUUUUUCCUGGCGGUGCUCGUGAGGCUCUUCACCGGAAGGGUGAAGAAUACAAGUGCUUCUGGCCAGAACAACCUGAAUUUGUGAGAAUGGCAGCUAAGUUUGGAGCAACAAUUAUUCCAUUUGGAGUUGUUGGAGUAGAUGAUAUUCUGCAUUAUCUUCUAGAUUAUGAUGAUCAGAUGAAAAUUCCGUUCACGCGAGACUUUAUAAAAAAAAAAAAUCAGAAUAUUGAAAAUAUAAGGAUUGAUGCAAAAGGGGAGGUCGCUAAUCAGGACAUGUUCGUCCCGGGUGUUUUUCCAAAGAUACCUGGACGGUUCUAUUACCUAUUUGGAAAACCAAUCGAAACAAAAGGGAUGAAACAAGAAUUGAAAGACAAAGACAAUGCAAAUGCAAUGUACUUGCAGAUAAAAUCCGAGGUAGAAAACAUCAUGUCAUAUUUGGUAAAGAAGAGAGAAAAAGACCCAUACAGAGGUAUACUUCAGAGAACUAUUUACAAGGCCAUGAAAGCACCCGCGGAUCAGAUUCCUACCUUUGAACUGUAAUUAAAAAUUUUUGUUUGAAUUAAAUUAUUUUGGUAAUUGCUAAUAAGAAGAAGUAAGAAUCGUAUCUUCCCCUCAAA